AUGGACAAGGAGAUCAGCGAGAUGAAGCUGCCUGUCAACGCCAGGGCCCGCAUCAUGGCAGAGGAAUUCCUCAAGAAUCUCCCCGGGGCCCGCGGAAGGCCUGGGCGGGGGCACGGAACGCGCCAGGCCGUUGUGCGCCCGGGCUCCUCGUGGGGCGGCACAGCAACCGCUAACAGAGAGGGCGGUCCCGACGCUCCUGACAGCGCCAAACAGCAGCAGUCAGUCAACAUGGAGCUGCUGAAGAAAGCCAGAGAGCAUGUGGAGGAGGCUGUCAAAGGUGGGGCCCAAUUACACACAUACCCCCCACAACAUUCCAUGAACAUGUGUCUAUUGCAUUUAUGGCUGACCACUCGUGUCCCUCCCCAGGAGAAGAAGAUCUUCUCAAUACAGGGCCCCUACCCUGUGAUCUGCAAGCUGCUGCGGGCACGAGGCUGGGUGGAGAAGAAAUUCUCCAACACUAUCAGGGUGGGCACCCGUGGAGGGCAGCAGAAGGACACCAAAAAGCUGCUGGAGGAGGAAGAGGAGGAGGAGGAGGAGGACGGUGGUGGUGCUGAGAAGCAGUGGGAGGCAGCGUUCCACCCAGAGCCAGGGUCAGCAUCCUGUUCAGCUCAGCCCUUGGUGGAGAUCCCAGAGCUUCUUGAGAAGGAGGAGGAAGAGCAGAAGAAGGUCCAGUGGUAUGCUGAGGACCCCGAAGGCAUCCACAACGUGAUGUCCUCCAUGGUGCGAGACCAGAUGCCGACUUUCAUCUGGACGAGCCGGUGCAAUGCUAUAGACUAUCGGCAGCUGCAGGAGGACCAGGUGGUGAAUCACUUUGCUGGCAUUGGAGGCUUCACCACCAAGGAGGGGCUGUGUGCCAACCUCCAAAACCUGCCCUGGUUCCACCAAGCGGAUCCCACCACAUUCUUCCCACGGUGCUACCGCCUGGGGGCUGAGGACGAGCGACAAGCCUUCAUCGGGGAUUUCCGCCUGACGGCAGCUCGCAGCCUGAUCAAACUGGCUGCAGAGAAGGCUGAGGACAUGCCAGGGGUGGCGGAGCAACCUGGCAAGGGGGCAGCAGGUCCAGCACCAACAUCGCCCCCCGAGCUGCUGGAGGCCGCACUGCAGAUAUGCAGGGUGCAGCUAGACAGGCUGGAGCACCGCGACAUUGACCGAGCCUCCCCGAUGCUCCGUGUCACUGACGCCGACUGGGACUGCUUCCUGCAGGAGUACUACCGCGUGGUGCACGAGAAGGCCAGGCUGGCACCCAGCGUCCUGCAGCGGGAUCAGUGCAGGGCCCUGCUGCAGAAGCUGCAGGCACGGCUGCCCCAGCUCGGCAUGGAGGGUGUCCGUAAUCUGUGGAUAAUCAAGCCUGGAGCCAAGUCCCGCGGUAGAGGCAUCACCUGCUCAGCAAGGCUGGAGGAGGUGCUGGAGCUGGCAGAGAAAUGCACGGCACCCUCAGUGCAGCCGGGACAAUGGGUGGCGCAAAAAUACGUGGAGCGGCCGCUGCUCAUCUUGGGCACCAAAUGUGACCUGCGACAAUGGCUCCUAGUGACCAACUGGAACCCGCUCACUAUCUGGUUCUACCGGGACAGCUACGUGCGCUUCUGCUCCCGGCCCUUCUCUCUGCAUCGCCUGCACCCCUCCCGGCACCUCUGCAAUGUGUCCAUCCAGAAGCAGUGGAGGAUGGCUAGGGGCCAGCAUCCCAAACUGCCCCGCGACCUGAUCUGGUCCAGCCAGCAGUUCCGGCUCUAUCUGCAGGAAGCGGGGCAUGCGGACGCCUGGGAGAAGGUGAUCGUCCCUGGCAUGAAGGAGGCGGUGGUGGCUGCUCUGUGCAGCGCCCAGGAGCUGGUGGGGGCCCGCAAGGGCAGCUUUGAGCUUUACGGAGCAGACUUCAUGUUUGGGGAGGAUUGCAAGCCCUGGCUGCUGGAAAUCAACGCCAGUCCCACCAUGGCACCCUGCUCGGCGGUGACCCGACGGCUCUGCGCUGCCGUCCAGCGCGACACAUUGCGCGUGGUCCUGGACCAGAGGGAGAACUCCCGCUGCUCCAUCGGUGCCUUCGACCUCAUAUACAAAGAGGCAGUCGUGCCCGUGCCUCCCUGCCUGGGGCUGAAGCUGGUGGUGGAAGGCUACUCGCUAAUGAAGCCCCAGCUUCAAGAGCAACAACCCCAGGCCAAACUCCCCAACAUCUCGCCUCUUGUCCGCCCGGUGAUGCCCAAGACACCUGUGGUGCCCAAGUCACCUGUGGUGCCGCCUAUGGACACCAAGCCUCCUAUAGUCACCAAGCCACCUAUAGAGCCCAAGCCUCCUGCGGUGCCUAAGCUUCCAGUGGUCUCCAGACCACUUACAGACACCAAGCUUCCUGUGAUGCCCAGGCCCCCUGUGGUGCCCAAGCCACUUAGGGACACCAAACAUCCUAUGGUCACCAAGCCCCCUGUAGAGCCCAAACCUCCUGUGGUGCCCAGGCCUCCAGUGGUCUCCAGGCCACUUAUAGUCGCCAAGCCUCCUCUGGUCACCAACCCCCCUAUAGAGCCCAGGCCUCCAGUGGUGCCCAGGCCACCUGUGAUGUCCAAGUGGGGCAGAACCACUCAGCUCCCACAGGCUGGAGGAGCAGCACAGGUCGAGCCAGCUCCCCCAGGACAAUCGCGCUUCUCCUCCUCCGGCUCUGUCCCCCAGGCACCACCACAGCCAAACCUCCUGUUCCGGUGGGCCCAGAUCUCUCUGCCCCAGCUUGAGGCCAGUACCCUGGCCAGGGCACCCGCUCCACCGGCCACAGGCCCACCAACAACCCUGCCUGCACACCCUGGGCAGCAGAGCCAUGCUGCAGGCAGGGGACACGCAGCAGCGUCCGGGGGCAGGAGGAAGAGCUGCAACGAUAAGGCAUGA